AUGCCAUAUGCAGCACAACUAUCACUACAAGAAGCAACAGGACCAACAAUAGAGGAAGUAGUCUUUCUACACGACCAUGUUCUACUACUCACAUUCCUGAUAGCUAUCGUAAUUACUGUAUUCACACUAACAUCAACUUCAACAAUAUUAACGCAUAAUGACCCAACAGAAGAAGUAGAACAAUUAGAAGCAGCCUGAACAGCUGCCCCUAUCAUAAUCUUAAUCUUAACAGCCCUGCCAUCAGUACGAUCCUUAUACUUAAUAGAAGAAGUGUUUAACCCAUACUUAACUAUCAAAGCAACAGGACACCAGUGAUAUUGAAACUAUGAAUACUCAGAUGAUACACAAAUCUCGUUCGACUCAUACAUAAUCCAAACUAAAGACCUGCAAAACGGCUCACCACGACUUCUUGAAGUAGACCACCGAAUGGUUAUACCAGCAAACCUACAAAUCCGAGUUGUAGUAACCGCAGAAGAUGUUCUACACUCAUGAACAAUCCCAUCACUCGGUGUAAAAGUAGAUGCAGUCCCGGGACGGUUAAACCAACUACCAUUAUCCACAUCACGGGUUGGAGUAUUCUUCGGCCAAUGCUCAGAAAUCUGCGGGGCUAAUCACAGCUUCAUGCCAAUCGCAGUAGAAGCAAUCCCCCUAUAUUACUUCGAACAAUGGUUAGUAUCAGAACAGUCACUAAGAAGCUUUUAUAGCAUUAGCCUUUUAAGUUAAAGAAGAAACAGAACCUUUCCUUAGUGAAUGCCACAACUAGACACAAUUUAUAUUUUUAUAGUUUAUCUGUGAACCUGACUAAUACUAACAUUAACCUCGCUAAAAAUUAAAGAACUAAUAAUAGUGACAUGCCCACUAGAGAACAUAAAAACAAUAAAAAUAAAACCAAUAAUAACACUACCAUGAUAAUAAACCUAUUUGAACAAUUUGCCAGCCCGGAAUUAAUAAUAACCCCAACAAUUCUUAUAUCUAUAGCAAUUCCAAUAUUAUUAAUCAACAACAAACCACGACUGAUUGGAAACCGAAUAACAAUAGCCAUUAUCUGGGUAAUAAAGACUGUAAUAAUUAAUAUAACAAACCAACUAUCAAAUAAAGGACAAAAAUGAUCACAAAUAUUGACUGCACUACUGAUCACAAUCCUAACAUCCAACCUGUUAGGGUUACUUCCAUAUACAUUUGCAUCAACCUCACAACUAUCAAUAAAUAUAGCAAUAGCAAUCCCUAUUUGACUAUCCACAAUCAUCACUGGGAUAAUAAAUAAACCAUCAAUCACACUAGCACAUAUACUACCAGAGGGGUCCCCAACACCGCUUAUUCCCUUUAUGAUCCUAAUUGAAACAGUCAGUAUUUUAAUACGACCAAUUGCAUUAGGUGUACGACUAACAGCAAAUAUUACAGCAGGACACCUACUCAUAACUAUAAUUAGCACGACCACAUUAAAUUUUAUUAAUGCACACAUCCUAAUAAGUACCAUAACCGGACUAUUACUUGUACUGCUAUCCGUAUUAGAACUAGCAGUAGCCUGUAUCCAAUCCUAUGUUUUUGUCCUAUUAAUUAUCCUAUACCUACAAGAAAACACAUAAUGAUCCACCAACUACACCAAUACCAUAUAGUAGACCCAAGCCCCUGACCCUUAACAGGAGCAGUGGGCUCAUUACUUACAGCCUCAGGACUAGCAAUCUGAUUCCACACAAACACCACCACAGUACUCAAAAUGGGGUUAUUAACCUUAACACUUACAAUAAUUCAAUGGUGACGAGAUGUAGUACGAGAAAGCACCUACCAAGGACACCACACAAAAGGUGUACAAAAAAACAUACGAUACGGAAUAAUUCUAUUCAUUACCUCUGAAGUUUUCUUCUUCUUGGGGUUCUUUUGAGCACUAUACCACGUAAGCCUAGUACCAACACCAGAGUUGGGGGCAGAAUGACCACCAACCGGAAUCACCCCACUAAACCCAACCGAAGUACCACUAUUAAAUACGGUAGUACUUCUAUCAUCCGGAAUGACAAUCACAUGGUCACACCACACACUUAUAUUUGGUAAUAAAAAGGAGGCAACGCAUGCCCUUAUAACCACCAUCAUGCUCGGCAUCUACUUCACAGCCUUACAAGCAUCAGAAUAUAUAGAAACCCCAUUUACCAUCUCAGACAGCGUCUAUGGCUCAUUGUUUUUCGUGGCUACGGGGUUUCACGGACUUCACGUAAUGAUUGGAACUACAUUUCUAACAGUCUGCCUAAUACGCCUUAUUAAACACCAUUUUACAACCACCCACCAUUUCGGAUACGAAGCAGCAAUUUGAUACUGACACUUCGUAGACGUAGUUUGAUUAUUCCUAUAUAUCUCGGUAUACUGAUGAGGAUCUUA